CAAAACUAAUACAAAUCUUCUUCCUUCUUUCUUCUUCAGAAUUCGUGGCAAUGGAAACGACAGGAAAAGUGAAGAAGGGUUUCGGAGGAAGAAAAGCCGGUGGCCCAAAGACCAAAUCUGUUUCGAAGUCGAUUAAAGCCGGUCUCCAGUUUCCGGUGGGGAGAAUCACUCGUUUCCUGAAGAAAGGACGAUACGCCCAGAGGCUCGGUGGUGGAGCUCCGGUUUACAUGGCCGCCGUUCUCGAGUACCUCGCCGCCGAAGUUCUGGAGCUUGCUGGUAACGCUGCGAGAGACAACAAGAAAACGAGGAUCAUUCCGAGGCAUCUUCUUCUUGCCAUCAGGAACGAUGAAGAAUUGGGGAAACUUCUCAGUGGAGUCACAAUCGCUCACGGUGGUGUCUUGCCCAACAUUAACGCCGUUCUUCUCCCUAAGAAGUCGUCUGCUAAAUCGGCUGAGGAUACUGCAUCCAAGUCACCAGCCAAAUCUCCCAAGAAAGCUUAAUUGAUCUUCUCCAGUUUACGUUUUCAUUCACCAGUUUUUUAGUUAUGCUUUGGGUAUCUUUUGUGAGCUUUGGUGAAUGUAUAUGUAGAAAAUCUAGCUCUUAAUUAUGUAAUUUGGAUUUGAUUUCUCUUCAGAUCCAACUUUUUAAGUAACGAUAUAUAAAAAAAUCUUUUGCAA